CGCAACUGUGCUCACUCACCCAGCCUGGCGAGCUGGGUGGCUCUACGGACUGCUCAGCAUCGUUCCUCCGGCCCUCUCGCUGAUCGCUGGCCCGCCCGGUCCAUAAAGACUCUGGCCGCGCCCGGCCCAUCACCAUCGCGCCUCCCGUCCUCUCCCUCCCCAAGGUAGCCAGCUCUCGAGCACACCCUCGCACAAAGGCGCCAGAGAGACUUCAGAGCCAGCCCGUGGACACAGACCUUCACAUCAAGGCUGCAAUCCAAACAGAUACCCUCCGGCAUGUCAGACUCAAAGGAGGCGCCUCCGGCCUAUGUCGGCACCGAGGCGGCUGGGCUCAACAGCCCCGACCAGGGCCUGCCCAGCGGGUGGCUCUACAAGACCGUCAGCAUUGGCAAGACACGCCUGUGGUACGCCUCGCCAAAGAUCCAGCUUCUCAUGGUCGCCUUUGUCUGCUUCCUCUGUCCGGGCAUGUACAACGCCCUUGGUGGCCUCGGAGGUGGUGGCCAGCUCGUCAGCACGGUCCAGGACAACGCCAGCACCGCUCUUUACUCCGUCUUUGCUGUCGUCGCCUUCUUUGCCGGCACCUUCGCCAACAAGCUCGGCGUCAAGGUCACCCUCGCCUUCGGUGGCAUCGGCUACUGCCUCUACGCCGCCAGCUUUCUCUGCUACAACCACACCCAGAACGAGGGCUUCGUCAUCUUUGCCGGUGCCUUCCUUGGUCUCUGUGCCGGUCUCCUCUGGACCGCCCAGGGCGCCAUCAUGAUGUCAUACCCCCCUGAGGGUUCCAAGGGCCGUUACAUCUCGUGGUUCUGGAUCAUCUUCAACACGGGUGCCGUUGUCGGAGCCCUGAUCCCGCUUGCUCAGAACGUCAACUCGACCACGAACGGCAGCGUCGCUGACGGCACCUACAUUGGCUUCAUCAUCCUCAUGGCGCUUGGCGCCCUGCUCGCCUUGUUCCUCUGCGAUGCCGACAAUGUCAUUCGUGAGGAUGGCUCCAAGGUCAUCCUCAUGAAGAACCCUACCUGGCAGUCGGAAUUCGUCGGCCUGUGGGAGUGCCUGUAUCUUCAGCCAUGGGUCAUUGCGCUCUUCCCCAUGUUCUUCGCCUCCAACAUCUUCUACACCUACCAACAGAACGCUGUCAACGGCCCUCACUUCAACCUGCGCACUCGUGCUCUGAACAACCUGCUCUACUGGGCUGCCCAAAUCUUUGGUGCCGUUUUCUUCGGCUACGCCCUGGACUUCAACAAGUUCCGUCGCUCCAUUCGUGCCAAGGCCUCGUUUGUGACUCUGUUUGUCCUGACCAUGGUCAUUUGGGGUGGCGGUUACGCUUGGCAGAAGAAUGCUGCUGAUCGCGAAACUACUCUGACCCCCGAGUACGUGGCCAACGCCCAAGAUUGGACCAACCCGGCCUACAUCGGCCCCAUGUUCCUGUACAUCUUCUACGGCUUCUACGACGCUGUCUGGCAGACUGCCAUCUACUGGUACAUGGGUGCCCUGUCCAACUCUGGUCGCAAGACCGCCAACAUGGCUGGAUUCUACAAGGGCAUCCAGUCCGCCGGUGCCGCCAUCUUCUGGCGCCUCAACGGUCUGAAGGUCUCGUACAAUGCUCUCUUUGGCGCUACCUGGGGUGUAUGUGCCGCAUCUCUCCUGAUCGCUGCUCCUGUCAUCUGGAUCAAGAUCAAGGACACCACCGACAUCGAGGAGGACCUCAAGUUCAGUGACGAGAACAUUGAGCAGGUUCUCCCCGCAGCUAUCAUUGAGGAGAAGCGAGCCCAUGGCGAGGCUUAGACGUGGCAGGGUGUGCGUGUGCGUCUGUGUGUCUGUGUGUGUAUAUGAGUGAGAGAGAGAGAGAGAGUAAGAAGACGGAUGCGACUUGAAAGCAGACAAUGGGGACAAUGAUUGCCCAGAGUCCGUUUGUGCAAGGGGGUCGACAUUGUUUUAAUUUUAAUGACGCGCCGGGAGCCAUAGCAUUCGCCUCGAAAGCACGUCUCUUCCUUGAGCUUUUGCGCUGGGUUCGGGAAACUUUUCAGACCGAAAUCAAGCGGUAGAUGCAUAACUCCUUCACCCCACUCCUGUGGAACCCUCAAAAGAGUUUCACGGUUCAUGACAUGAUUUCAAGAAUUAGUAGAUACCCAAUAAAGCUUGCAAAGUCAUGAA